AUAAAAACUUGUUGAUGGACCUUUUGUAAAGAAGAAUGUAGAGCAUAUCUCUCUCCUAUUGUUAUCUGAUUUCUAUUCUCAUCUCUCAAGCUUUUCGGCUAAAAUUAGCACAAAUGUGCUCUCAUGUUAGGCAGAUUAACAAAGAUGCACUUUCAGCUAUGAUUUUCCUAAUGUUGUCCCUGUUCUUGCUCUGUGACUCUGUUUCUGCAGAUCCUAAAUCCAUAUCUUGUGAUUCAAGUCCAACUAAUUACACACCAAAUAGCCGAUUUGGGAACAACCUCAAGAUCCUUCUUGAGUCCCUAUCAUCGAACACUCCAUUAAAUCAAGGCUUCAACAGCACUGCAAUCGGAAACAACAUUGAUCAAGUUUAUGGGCAAGCUCUUUGCAGAGGGGAUGUCACUCCUGAAGUGUGUCGGGAUUGCAUAAAGAAUGCAAGCCAGGAGAUCAUGACAGUGUGUCCAACCCAUAAUGCAAUUAUAUGGCAUGAAUUCUGUCAAGUACGAUACGCACACCUGCCUUUCUUUUCCUUGAUGAUGGUCUAUAAUGGAUUGUAUCCUGACUCGAACAAACAGGAGAAAAAUAUAUCAGACCGUGUAAGUUUUAUUAAAGUUUUGAAGGAUUUUAUGAAUAAACUCUCGGAUGAAGCCACUGUCAAUCCUUCUAACCCCAUGUUCGUUACUGGUAAAACCAAAUUUUCAAGGAAUGAAUCAAUCUAUGGGCUUGUACAGUGCACAAGAGACAUCUCUCAUAGCGAUUGUAGAGCUUGUUUGAAAUUUGAAUUUGGAGACCUUGAAACAUGCUACAAGCAAGAUCCCACUGCUUUGGGUGUCUUGUCCGAUGGCAAGGAAAUAGCAGUUAAAAGACUAUCGAGGAAAUCAUGGCAAGGAUUAGAGGAGUUCAUGAAUGAAGUCAAAGUAAUUGCAAAACUUCAACACAGAAACCUUGUCAGACUUUUGGGUUGUGGCAUACAGGGAGAAGAAAAGCUGCUCAUAUAUGAAUACAUGCCUAACAAAAGCCUUGAUCUCUUCCUAUUUGAUUUAGAGAAGUGUGUAGAACUUCACUGGGAUAUACGCUUUAAUAUUAUUCAUGGCAUUGCUCGAGGACUACUUUAUUUGCACGAAGACUCAAGGAUUAAAAUCAUACACAGGGAUCUAAAGCCUAAUAAUGUUUUACUGAACCAAGAAAUGGUCGCAAAGAUUUCAGACUUUGGACUGGCACGGAUUUUUGGCGAAGACCAAAACACUGCUAACACAAAAAGAGUUGUAGGAACAUAUGGAUACAUGGCUCCAGAAUAUGCAAUGGGAGGAUUAUUCUCUAUGAAAUCUGACGUCUUUAGCUUCGGAGUAAUUUUGCUGGAGAUCAUUAGUGGGAAAAGAAACAGUGGCUUUUACCUUACCAAACAUGCUCCAACACUCCUUGCUUAUGCGUGGCGACUAUGGAAUGAAGGAAAAGAAUUAGAAUUUUUAGAUCCAUUGUUGGCGGGAUCAUGCCACGCGACAGAAGUUGUACGAUGCAUUCAUAUCGGGCUUUUGUGUGUCCAAGAAGAUCCAGCAGAUAGGCCCAAUAUGUCAUCUGUGGUUGUUUUGUUGGGAAGUGAAUCAGCAACACUUCCUCAACCAAGACAACCUGCAGUUUCUGUUGGCAGAAUUGCUCAUUUGAAGUCAUCUUCGACCACAGAUCCUUCUGUAAAUCAGGGCACUAUUUCUAGCAUAUCACCGCGAUAACUAUCGAAAGGUUGUCUCUUGCUACGCUUAUUGUGGCAUGCUUUAACUGUAGAUUGAAGUACUCUUUGUACAAGUGGCUGUAGAUUAAUAGUAAGGGGAUUAACAAUAGAAGAGAUUUGUGUAGGAUUAAUAAUCCAACUAGAUUACUGGGAUAUGUAAUUUCUUGUCCACGUUUGUUUCGCAAUAUAUAAAACCAUACUUGUCAUUGACACAA